GCGCUGCGGGGCGAGCGGGGAGCAGCGGGCUGAGCGGCCUCUGCGCCUUUAACAGCCCGGAGCUCCCCCUGCCCGCGGGCCGCCCGCACAUCCUGCCCGCACUAACCCCUCCUCCGCUGCGCCGAGCCGGGCAGGGCGGCGGCGGCUUCCGCGCCGGGCGAACGGACACAGAGGUGGAGGUAGCGGUGCCAGUACCCAGCUAUGAUGCCCUUUGGGGGGAUCGCUGCCCGGCUGCAAAGGGACCGCCUGAGAGCCGAGGGGGUCGGUGAUCACAACAAUGCUAUCAAGUACCUCAACCAGGACUAUGAAGCCCUCAAGCAAGAGUGCAUCGAGAGUGGUGUCCUCUUCAGGGACCCCCAGUUCCCAGCUGGCCCCACUGCCCUCGGCUUCAAGGAGCUGGGGCCAUACUCCAGCAAGACGCGGGGCGUGGAGUGGAAGCGUCCAUCGGAAUUAGUGGAUGAUCCUCAGUUCAUCGUUGGUGGUGCAACCCGGACAGAUAUCUGCCAGGGAGCUCUGGGUGAUUGCUGGCUGCUGGCUGCCAUUGGCUCCCUCACUCUCAACGAGGAGCUCCUGCACCGUGUGGUGCCUCAUGGGCAGAGCUUCCAAGAGGACUACGCUGGCAUCUUCCACUUCCAGAUCUGGCAGUUCGGUGAGUGGGUGGACGUGGUGGUGGACGACCUGCUGCCCACCAAGGAUGGGGAGCUCCUGUUUGUGCAUUCAGCGGAGUGCACGGAGUUCUGGAGCGCUCUGCUGGAGAAGGCCUAUGCCAAGCUGAACGGCUGCUACGAGUCGCUCUCGGGGGGCAGCACCACUGAGGGCUUUGAGGAUUUCACUGGCGGCGUAGCAGAGAUGUAUGACCUCAAGCGGGCACCGCGCAACAUGGGCCACAUCAUCCGCAAGGCACUGGAGAGGGGCUCCCUGCUGGGCUGCUCCAUCGACAUCACAAGUGCCUUUGAUAUGGAAGCAGUGACCUUCAAGAAGCUGGUGAAGGGCCAUGCCUAUUCUGUCACAGCUUUCAAAGAUGUGAACUACCGGGGUCAGCAGGAACAGCUCAUCCGUAUCAGAAACCCCUGGGGUCAGGUGGAGUGGACUGGAGCCUGGAGUGAUGGCUCUUCCGAGUGGGACAACAUUGACCCCAGCGACAGAGAAGAGCUGCAACUGAAGAUGGAGGAUGGCGAGUUCUGGAUGUCCUUCCGGGACUUCAUGAGGGAGUUCUCCAGGCUGGAGAUCUGCAACCUAACCCCCGAUGCCCUCACCAAAGAUGAGCUCAGCAGGUGGCACACACAGGUGUUCGAGGGCACGUGGCGCCGAGGGAGCACUGCUGGGGGCUGCAGGAACAACCCAGCCACGUUCUGGAUCAAUCCCCAGUUUAAGAUCAAGCUGCUGGAAGAGGAUGAUGAUCCUGGGGAUGACGAGGUGGCCUGCAGCUUCUUGGUGGCCCUGAUGCAGAAGCAUCGUAGGAGGGAGCGGCGAGUAGGGGGCGACAUGCAUACCAUCGGCUUUGCCGUCUACGAGGUUCCUGAGGAGGCCCAGGGCAGUCAGAAUGUGCACUUGAAGAAGGACUUCUUCCUGCGAAACCAGUCGCGGGCACGCUCUGAGACCUUCAUCAACUUGAGGGAAGUGAGCAACCAGAUCCGGCUGCCCCCUGGCGAGUACAUCGUUGUGCCCUCCACCUUUGAGCCACAUAAGGAGGCUGACUUCAUCCUGCGGGUCUUCACCGAGAAGCAGUCAGACACAGCGGAGCUGGACGAGGAGAUCUCUGCAGACCUGGCAGAUGAGGAGGAAAUUACCGAGGAUGACAUUGAGGAUGGCUUCAAGAACAUGUUCCAGCAGCUGGCAGGGGAGGACAUGGAAAUCAGCGUCUUUGAGCUCAAGACGAUUCUGAACAGAGUGAUCGCUAGACACAAAGAUCUGAAGACGGAUGGAUUCAGUCUGGACUCCUGCCGCAACAUGGUCAACCUGAUGGAUAAAGAUGGCAGUGCCCGCCUGGGGCUGGUGGAGUUCCAGAUCCUAUGGAACAAGAUCCGCAGCUGGCUGACAAUCUUCCGCCAGUAUGACCUGGAUAAGUCAGGCACCAUGAGCUCAUACGAGAUGCGCAUGGCUCUAGAGUCAGCUGGUUUCAAGCUGAAUAACAAGUUGCAUCAGGUGGUGGUUGCCCGUUAUGCAGAUGCUGAGACGGGUGUGGACUUCGACAACUUUGUCUGCUGCUUGGUGAAGUUGGAGACAAUGUUCAGGUUCUUCCGUAGCAUGGAUCCUGAUGGCACUGGCACUGCCGUCAUGAACCUCGCUGAGUGGCUGCUGCUGACAAUGUGUGGCUAGGAGCCAGGACAGAUGUGCUGUGACUAGGACACUCCGGCAGGCCAGGCCACCUCCAAGUGCCUCCCUUCAGGUCCAUGGACACAGGAUAAUCUCCCUCUCUUGCUCCAUCCUAUGCUGAGCCACCAGCCCUGCCUCUCAGCACGCCUUGCUCCACCCUCACCCAUGGAGCAUUUCACAGAGGUCAAGGCAGGCAGGGGCUGCCCUUCUCCUUUUCUGGGCUGGGCUUGCUUUCCACCCUUCUCCUCCUCUUGUCCCACCCCAGAAGAGAAGGAGGGCAAGCAGUCUGUAGGUCACUGCACACGUAGCUUUGGGGCAGCUGCAUAGAAACAAGCACAGGAGCAGGCUGGGGGCUAUCCACCCGAUAGGGAGAGGUGGGAACUGUGGAGGGGAAGAGGAGGAGGACUUGUUUUGCUUGUUUCAGUGCUGUCUCAUCCCCUGUGGCAUGUGCUACCUGUCCCAGGGAGCAUCAGCAGAUGCUGCCUUGCUUAGGCAGGGCAGCUGGUUCAUGGGGAGCCAGGGUGAGAAGGUGCACACUUAAUGCCAUUGCCUUGCACUCAUCAGCACUAAACAUGACCAAAGCAUGGAGCUGCAGCUGGUCAGGACGCUGGUGUUCAUUACAUCCUGCUGCAACCUCUUUCUGCGUGGCCUUCAAACUCUCCCCUCACUCUCUGCCCCGCUUUGUCCCACCAUAAGGCCAAAGCCUAUCAUUUGAGCACUCUCCUGCCACAUGCCACUAUGUAGCACAUCCCAUCAUGCUCCUCUUAUCCUGUGCACGCACAGCCAUACCACUACAGCCUUUCCCCAGGGCUGUCAUGGCCUCACCUCCUGCUGCCACAGUGGAAUUGGGCCAAGGAGUGGUGUUGAUGGGUGGGAGGCGUUUCUCCAGUACACGGUCAUCUGUUUUCCUCUCUUCCCCCUCCUUUCACCCUGUUAUGAUCCCUAAAGCCCUCGGGCUCCUUCACUCAGCACAGAUGUGCUCCUGUGCCAAUAUAUUUGCACUUCUCCACACUCCUCACCCCCAAUCUGUUCCUGUGGAUGAGAGGGUGGCUCCAGCAUGGCAGUGGGUGCAGACCCAGCCAAGGCAGGCAGGCCCUUAGCCGCUCCCAGGCCUGCGUCUCUGGAGGCCAUGCUUGCAGCAAUAACCACUCCUGCCCACCUGGCAGGCCCGCUUCCUCUCUUUGUGCUCGGGGCAAUAAACCUAGCUCUGUUGGA